CAGCACUCUGUUGGUGGCGCUGUCAGUUUAGAAAUAAUAAAGUUUUAUUGGAAUUGUUGUUCAAAUCCAGACACAAUAGAACAGAGAGUGCCAUCUAGUGGGCUCAGAAACUGAGGCUUCUCGAGCCCCAGGUCGGUCCACAGUCCUGUCAACAUGUUGUUAAUGACCAUGAAAGCCGUUUAUUUACAGAACAAAGUCGUUAGUUUUCUCCUUUCAAGAGAAAGGGUUUAUUUAAGUUGGCAGGCCUGAGUGAGACUCCCUUAAAAGAUGCCGCCUAAAAAGAAAGAUAAGAAAGGGGACAAAAACAAGGAAGAGAAGAAAGUCCAGCCCGUGGACAAAAGCGCCGUGCACGAGAAGGAGAAAGACUUGAUUCGAAAUCAAAACCAACUGGUGCAAAAACAGAUCUUCAGUUGCCAGGCUACUUGUGACGAGCUGAGGCUUCAGUACAAGGACUUGACUCAGAGGUGCUGUGCCCUGGAGCAGCAGAUCCUGGAGCGCAGCGAGUAUGUGGAUUAUUACCAGCGGAAGAAGGAGCAGGAGGUGGAGCAGCUGAUGGAGCAGCUGGCGUCGCUGAAGCAGGCCUGUGACCAAGAGAGAGACGAGCUGCUGCGGCAGCACGGCGAAGAGAAGCAGGAGCUGCAAGACAUUUACGAUGCGCUUGCUGGAGAGCACAGGAUCGUGGUGACUCGACUGAAGGACAUGGAGGAGUUCCAGAAGCAGAAGGAGAAGCUGCUGUCAGACCUGAAGUACAUGAAGGAGCAGCUGAGCAGCCAGGAUGAGGAACAUAAAGACGCCAUCCAUGACCUGGAGAUCAAGUCUCUGCUGGAGCGGAAGAGCUUUGAGAAGGAGAUCGAGUGUCAGAUGGAGGCGAAGAUUCAGGACGAGUGGGAGAACGAAGUCCCCAUGAGGACCGCGAUAGCGCUGCAGGAGAUCCAGGAGCUGAAGAAGGCGUACAUCCAGCUGUUGGAUGAGACACGGAUGCUGAUGAAGGACAACUCUGCCCUGAAGGAAAAGAAGAGUAUUCUGAAGAGGGACGUGGACAUCCUGGAGGAGAUGAAGAGCCAGGUGUCCCUGGAGUGCUGCGUCCAGAAGAAGAUGGAGGACCAGAAGAAGGCAGAGUGUCAGCAGUUGCAAGAGAAGCUGGCUGACUCAUACAGGGAGGUGGAGGAACUUCAGAACAAACUUCACCGAACACAAGAAGACCUGGAGACUCUCAGGCACGAUCGCGUCCUGGAGCAUGAGCAGCAGCUCCGGGUCAGAAACGAGGCUCUGAGGAAGGAGGUGGAGCUGAAGCAGGAGAGGAGAAAGAGGAGGAACAAGGAGAACAUCAUGCAGGAGGCUGCGGCUUCUCUCAGAGACGCUCUGAUGGAUGAAGCAUCAGUGGGGAUUUCAGAGAACAUCAUAGUGGCUCAGUGGAAGCCACUGAUGAUGAAGCUGAUGGUGGCGCUAGAGAGCUCCAACGACGACUCCUUGUCAUCACUGCAGAGGAUGAGCCUGUGAAGGUCUGCCUCGGCAGCUGCUCUUCUCCACUCACAUGCUUGUCCUGUCUGUCAUCUGCUCUUGCCUCUUCUCUCCUGUCCUCUCUGUCUCUCUUCCCUUUUGCUCCCCAUCCUUCCCUCAUGGCCAAGGAUGGUGCAGCUCUUCAUGGUCUCUCUUCAUCUCUCUCGCAGUUUUUCUCAAGUCUGUGACGGUCUUCUCCCUCCUGGUCCUCGACGUCCACGUCCUCACAGUUGUUACACAGAGAUUCACAAGGUAACAAUCUGGUGAAAGAACUUUAUUAAACGGCUGAAAGCAGCAGACACGUCAUUUGUCCCGUGAACGUCGGCGUCCUGCGCACCAGCAGACACAGAGAGGAGGCAGACAGACGUAUGUACACAGAUAAACACCAGGGAAAUACACUUGAUAAAUAUAGAACUUCAUGAAUGGUUUAGUAGGUAACGCUCAAUACUGCGGUUCUUUAAAUAUAUAGGAUUCGUAUAAAAGUACAACUUCUCUGCUCUACAACUUCACCAGUCAAAUAUACAGCGUGUUUCCUCCGAGGCCGAGGAUUAAAAAAAAAAAAAAAAAAGUUGAUGAGCCAUGAGCUCUAGAGAGUGAGGGGAGGGGAAUAACAGUAAAGAAGUUGUGAGUCUGGAGGCACCAGCCGGUUACAUUCUUAACUGAAGGCACUUGGGACUCGACGAGGUUGCAAGUUAAGAUAGUCCAGAUAUGUAGACGUGUUAAUGAUGUUCCAGUAGCAGCGCAGGGUUGUGAGCAGAGGCGGCGUCUAAUCGAACAUGCCCCUCCGGGUGGGACUCGGUGACGUCUUCCUGCCGAGUCGUGGAGUCCCCUGCAACACAAGUUCACUGGUGACUAACAUGGAGCUGCAGAAGCCGUUCCAGUUAUGAGAGCUGAUGGUCUCCAGGGCGUCGAUAUCAGAGACUGGUGCUGGCUGACUGAAGUCGGAUACUUACUGGAGACUGAGCUUUAGAAAAGUUGACGUGCGCGUAGAGCAGCACGGCGAUGUCCUUGUGUCCUGCCUCCAGAGCGAUGGACAGAGCGUUACUCUCAUCCUGAAACCAAAGUCAACAAUGAUGUCUCUUCUGGUGUAUCACUGACUUCUGGUCAGUAUUUCUAGCACUUCUUUAUGAAUAUCAUGAAGCAGUGUCCUCAUUUUCAGAGCCCCAAGGUGGCACUCUCAGUUCAGUAAUCCUUGGCUGUGAACAGCUGGUAUUGCACCUUCAGACUUGCUUGAAGGCAGCAGUACCACCUACAGAGCUCUGAAAAUGAAGCUCCAUGACUGGCUUGAGGUCAGUCCGUCGUGUGGCAACUCACGCUGUCGCUGAGUGUGGCGUCGCAGCCCGGCUGAGCCAGCAGCAGCUUGACGAUCUCCACGUGUCCGUGUUCACUGGCGCACAUCAAGGCCGUCGAGCCCUCGUCGUCCUGGAUGUUGACGUCGGCGCUGUGGGCCAGGAGCGCCCGGACCAUGUCCAUCCUGCCGUGACUGACCGCCAGCAUCAGCCCCGUCUGACCCGCCUGCAGCAGAACCACGACAGUCACACCAUCUUUUCUAGCCAGACACAGGUUCAACUGUCCUGUCGCUUUCAAUCCCUCCAUUUCUCAAUUCACCCUUUUCUUCAUUCUCAUUCCCAUUCCCUUUCAUCACAUCACUCCCAGGCCUUCAUGUUCUAGCUCCACCAUCCUUCACCCUCUCAUCUCCAUCUUCCCUAUUCACUCAGACUUCUCAUGGAGUCUCACCUCCUCCCUCACAGACGUACCUGACUGGCUCGGGCGUUCACGUCGCCCUUACUGAAGAGCUCCUCCACGAUCUGCAUGUCCGUGGGUGUCUCCACGGCGGCCAGCGCUGCCAGCAUGAUGGGUGUGUAUCCCGCCUUGUUCUGCUGGUUGACGUUACACACAUCUACAACACACAUGACAACAUGGUUCUUUGUUUGUUUUCAUGAAGCGGGUUGUUGAAAAGAUUUCUAAUUGAUUUGUCCAACACAUGCUGCCACACUUGAGUCAAUCAAAUCCUCCUCCACUGGACCAGAACCGGAGAUCAGUGUGUGCAUAAGAGGAGGAGGAAGUGGGACAAAAGAGUGAAUGAAGGAAAGGGGGUCGGCCACCGCACAAUAGAAGUGAGAGGACAAAGACUUGGGCGACACGCCUGAGUGGAACCCUUUUCAGAAGCUCUUCAACUCUGGUGACACUCACUCAGAGAAGGGCAUGCCAACCAUGAUGUACAUAAAGUGACAGAGGUCGUGAGGGUGACAAGUGACGGACGGGUAGUUGCUCUCACCCGCAUCCAGCAGCUUCUUCACCACCAGGAAGUUGGAGUGCGAGACGCUGUAGUGCAGCGCUGUGUUGCCAUUCCCAUCGGCCAUGUUGACGACGUGCCGCAGCACGGCGUCAGACACGGACCUGAAACCCUCCAGGUAGUCCUCAACCAUCCCAGCCAAGGCCGACUUCUGACUGGAGACUCGGAACCACUCAUGCUGCACCGUGUUCAGACUGGCUCGCUGCGGGCAAACACAAGUCUAUACACGCGUCCCUGUCUGAUACGGUUUCGUGACUUAAAAAAUCUCAUUCUCACCAGGUCUUUGCUGCUCACUGUCUUCGGGUCGCUGAGGUGACUUUUGAGAACGUUGCACGCCGCCAGCAUCUUCUCACUUAGCUCAAACCUGUGGUACAUAGCAGUUCACGAAAACCUUUGGACUCUUCAGAAGAAUGAUCUGGACACACCUCUCUCUGGUCUCCUGCUUCUCCGGACUUUCCUGCCUGGUCACUUCCUCUGCUCCUUCUGCCACAGCCACAACAUUUUCCUCCUCCACAUUCUUCUCCUCUGCCCCCUCCUCAUCCUCAUCGUCUGACCCCGAGGAGCUGCUCUCCUCCGAGCUGGACUCGUCACUCGACGUAGUUUCGUAACUACACCGCAAGAGGGCGGCAGAGACUCAAAAACCGUUGACAUCGUCGCACAGGAACGUCAUAUAUCCCAAAACAAGCCUCACCCUCCGUUCACGCCAACAAACUGCAGGUUCUUCUUGGUGCCGUUUGAGUCCUGACUUCCAUCUUUCUUCUUCAUUAUGGACUUCAGCGCCUGACUGCUUGGCUGUCCUGAAACACAUAGUCAAAAAGAGUAAGUCGUGGAGCAAGAAGACAAGUGUUUCACCACAGCUGCUUAUCCAGGGUUAGAUCACAGGGCAACAGCUGAAAUAAACAGGAUCCAGGCUUCUCCCAAGACAUCAGAACCUCCCCUGCAGUUCCCCAGUUGCCAGGUCCUCCUCCUGGUUGGACUCCACCACUGGCUUCUCAGAAUGUGGAGGAGCAGCCCUUCUAGUCUCUGCCGGAUGACUGAGCUUCUCACUCUCUCAAGAGAGAUAUCAGACCCCCCUGUGGUGUUGGUGGCCACAGGCGAGGGAAGGAGUGGAGGCGGAUCGAGCGUAAAUCCACAGCUUCUCAACUCGGGUCUAAAGAUGUUCCACCAAUCUGCCUGUUGAACUUGGAUGCCUGAGGAAGAACGUUAUCUCAAGAAAUGACUAGUUAAGUCGACCAAGUCUGCAGCACCGAGUUCGAUACGAUGACAUUCACUACACAUGCUGAAUCAGGAGAAUAUACUUUGAUUCGACGCAGUGUUAGUGGAAGCUCCCACGGUGCGGCGGAACAACUGGAGCCGAACACACUCGGGACAGUUCUCCAUAAAGAGAUACAUUUUUAAGGUGCCUGUUAGCGAGUCGCUGGCCAUUCUCCAACAUGAAAACAUCUCAGACAUUUUAACUGCAGGCUGCAGAAACCAAAAUACCACACGACAGCCAGAACACUCAGCAUCUGCCAGGACUUGCUCCGGAGAGGAGGCCAGUCACAGGCGCGUGCGCCAGCAUGUUUCCCGUGUUUUGACAGGUGGAAGUGUUGUACACGAGGCGACUCAUC